AUUGGUCGGCGCGGAGCGGCUCGGCCUAUCAGGAGCGACCUCUUUUAAACGCCCGUUCCGUGAUUGCGCAGGCUGGUCGUUUUCGGUGUACACGCUGUUCAAGGCUAACCCAAACAGAUGGGGCUGCUAUCAGCAUUGACCCGCGGCCUGGUGCGGGGAGCAGACCGGACAGCUGAGAUGACCAGCAAACGUGGCCCUCGGACAUUUUACAAAAGCAGAGGGGCCAUGCCAGCUGGAGUCCUGACGUCAAGCAGAAAAUUCAUCCCUGUGCGGGAAAUGAUUCCCGAGUUUGUUGUACCCAACCUAGAAGGAUUCAACCUGAAACCCUACGUAUCCUACAAGGCCCCUGCUGGGACGGAACAGCCAAUGACAGCAGAAAGUCUGUUCGCCCAGGUGGUCGCCCCACAGAUUGAGAGGGACAUUGAAGCAGGCACUUUCGACAAGGAACAGCUGGAGAAAUAUGGAUUAGAAAAGACGCAGGAUGGAAAGCUGUUCAAACUGUAUCCCAAAAACUAUAUUCGUUGAAUCUUCGUACAUCCUUUCAGUAAUUACUGGACUGUGUAAGACCAAAAAAAAAGAAAUCUGGAAAGAUGAUCCCCCUGUAGACACACCUGUGAGUCAGAUACUGAUGAAACAGAGUCUGGUCCAUUUUAUAAAUCAUUCGAUCUUCAUUGCAGUUAUUAAAUCAUAAUACAGAUAUUGCAUAUAUAUGUAUUGUUUCAGCCUUUCCAUUGAACCCCAUUAUAAAUCUUCACAGCUGGCUGUAAAACAGUUUAAUAAACAUGUUUCUAUAUAAAA